AGCAAAUUGACAAUUCGUCAGCAAUAACACGUCAAAAGCUGCGGUGAAUUAUUUUCCUGGUUGCUGGAGGUCUGGAAUAUCUGCAAAAAUGUCCGGUCCCACGCUAUACGACAUAGACGUGGAUGUGUUGUUCGAGCAGCGCAGCAUACCGGAAAUCGAAGAAGUCCAGAAGAGAGUCCAGUCCGAGAUCGAGAAGAAACGGGAGGAGUUGCGGACGAUGGUUGGCGAACGAUAUCGGGACCUUCUCAAAGCGGCCGACACCAUUGCCGGCAUGAAAGACACAUCCGCCACUCUCAUCACGCAAAUACAAAACAUCACGACGAAUUGCACAAGCCUCAACGAGAAGCAACUUCUGGGAUUUCAGACGAAACCGAAGCAACCUCUAGUCCCCGACCGCGAACUCCACUCAUACUAUUCCACCGUUUUCCAGAUAAAACUGCUCACCAGCUUGCCGGAGAUGAUUUGGUCGCGAAUUGACGAGGAACAGUUCUUUCUGGCCACGCAAUUGUUCAUUUUGUCGCGGCACAUCAGCACCGGACUCCAUUUGGAUGUGGGCAAUAAAGUCAUCAAGCAUUUUCCGGUUGCGAAGAAGCAGUGGGAGACCUUGAAGCCGUUCUUCUUUACAAUCAAGCAGAACGCCCUCUGUGCAUUGGAGAAGGAUACACUGACGCCGGAAGCAGCCACAGAUUGCCUACUCAGCUUGUUUCUACUUGAACAGUCGUCGAUGGACGGAAUAUUGACGACUUUCUUGCAAAUUAGAGCGAAGUCCUAUUUGGCCGCGCUUUCAAGCGAUAAAUCCGCUCAACGACGAGUAAAGGAUCGGAUUUUGUCCAGCUUGGAAGUUCUGAAUUCGUCGGUUCUGCUGAUUUUCAAGUGUUUCAUUGAUUCAGGGAACGGGAAAGGACUGGUCGUCGAGAAACUGGAGGAGUUGGCGAGCGAUAAAGCCGAGCCCACGAUUUCCUUGAUGGACUUGGACGAAAUGGACAUGAUGUACGAUUUGCCGGAUAUCAUUGCUAAAUUUAAGCCAACAUUUGAAAUGCCAACAAUUACACCGACCAUGUUGAAAUCUGUGAAAGAUACCUGGCUGCAAACCGUUUCGAAGAUAAUUGAAAAUCAACUAAGAAACCUCUUCGAUUUGGUUUCGUCAAUGAAGACAAUCCAAGAAAUCAAACACCAAUCAUCGAAGCUAGAGAAAGAUAAAAAUUGGUCUGAAAUGUGUGAAAAACUGUCGUUACCAGCAAGCUUGGACUUCUAUCAGCAUUACUAUCGUCCAUUAAUCAACAGUCGAGUGCGCGACAUAGUGCGCCAAUCGUGGUCCAAAGCCGUUUCUUCUACGCACAACGACAUUGAAUCUCUCCUAACUAGUUCUUCAAUCGCUAAAAUAUCAGAGAACAACUUGAAAAAUUUGUGGAAAGAAAAUGUCGGUGACAUUCCCGUUAGUUUGAAGCAAGCCCUUCAACAGGACAAAAAGAACAACAAGCUCCUGAUGAAAUCAAAAGGAUUUUGUCCAGAAAUCGUAGAUAUUUGCGCUUCGUUAGAUAAUCGACUAAAAACGAUCUUCUCAGAAGUCAAUGUUCUCUUGGAAGAGGAUAGCUCCGGACAAACGGAUGAAAAGCAGUCAAUGGUUAACUUUUUGAAGGAUACUAGCGAAGAUUGUAUAUCAGAAUUAAUAACGGGGAUCAAAAGUAUGGAAUUCGAUCGAAAACAGGAUACUUGUAUUUUGCUGGCGCGACUAUUCACAGCUUUUGCGGAUUUGUGUCCACACCUGAAGCUCUGCCUUUCCCAUACUUAUGUCGCGUCGAAUUGGGACCGAAUUUCAAGCGACAAAAAAAACUAUGAGAAAUGGAACCGGGUGUGUGCGCUGUUCGAUGAUGAGGCAUUCGCGUUUUGGAAACAAUUUUGUGAGACAUUUGCAGAAGAAAUGGGCCCUGAGCAGAUUAUUUCGAACAAUAUUGGAAUUGAGACUAUUCUGAAUGAUUUCACGUCAUGGGAGAGCAUCAAUAUUGAGGAAAAGGACGAUCAGGAUAAUGCUGUUCAGUCCACGAUCCGAGUGCCAUCUCAGCCCAGAAUAUCUGUUCAAUUUUACGUUUUCAAAUUGAUUUACUCCUUGAAUAAUUCAAUUCCUGAAACGCUACCACGACGAGUUCUUCAUCAUUUGAACUCGAUCCUGGCCACGAAAAUCUUAGCCUUGUAUGGAAAAUAUAUUGAAAACGAAUUUGUAGCAACGAAUCAGAAUGCAGCACUUCAGCUCUACUUCGAUUUAAAAUUCUUCCAAUUAGUAUUUCUAGCGCGCGAUGAUAAGAAAGUCCAAGAUGAAAUUCAACGGUUAACUAAUGCGCUGAAAAACUUUGUAGAUCCAUUUGACUUUGAGCUUUUCCAUUCGUAUUUGAAUGGUAAUGUGAAGAAAUGUGCGCAGAGGCUGCAACAUGAAUUAGGCGUUUUGAUUCCUUAUCCGGAGAAUGUUUCAAUUUUGGCGGACCAGAAACCUAGCGCUGGAGCACAGGAUCGAGACCCCAACGUUUUGUGCUUAAGCUCGAAUGGGGCAGUCUCUACGUGGUUCCCGCUCCUACCGAUUAUCACCCCUGGAAGUAAGACUGGUACCAUGUCGAAUGAAGGAGAAAAGGGAUCCGGAGCGAAAUCGAAAAGACAGUCAGACACGAAGCUAACUUCGUCCCAAUCGUCCAGUUCAUUAGCUUCUGCUCAACAAACCGCGCAGAAUUAUGCGAGUAAUGUAAGAUCCGGGGCUGCGGCAUUUUUCGGUGCAAUGUCACAAGAAUGGUUUCGAUAAUCGCCCGCUAAAAAUAUAAUCUUUUAUUCCAUGUUAAGUUAUGAAAGCAUAACAUUUUUAAUAUUUUGUUUAUUUAUAUGAAAUUACACAUUCAUUCGCUGUAGUUAUAAUAAAAUUUCAAUUGUUGAAAGUA